GUAUAUUUUUCAAUGAUUGAGAUAAUGGAUGAUGAAAGAUCUGAAUUUGGACUUACGCCAUGAUUAGUCUCCAUGGGAGUGAUGUCGGAAUAGGUCCGGACUCGCCGCGAGACACCGUGCGACGCCGCCAGCAGUAGGAGGAAGAAGACGAGGGUGCAGAAGCUUGUUACCUUUGACAUUUUUUUUUGGUUCUUUCUCUCUCGCUAUGUUUAGCCUUCAAUCUCUAACGAAUGAAUGGUUUUGUAAUGAAUUACAGAGGAAUAUGGAGCCCCUCAAAAAAGGAUGUGCAAGCAGAUGGAUAGAAUUUGGUAGGUGGAAGGCGCACAACAAGCGGCUCAACGACUCUCCUUCGAACUUCAUGGCGCAUCCAUUACUCUGUUACAAGGCGGCGGCGGCGGCUCUCACACUCUCCUUACCGCCCCCUCUUCGCCGUAAACGCGCCCUUCUGUUCAGUCGUUGCUUUCCUCCCUUCAGUCGUCUCAGUAGAACACCCUCAGCAACCCCAGAUCACCACGGGCUUGCGCUUGUUUUUUCCAAAACAACAAAUCCAAGAUGGGACAAGAAAAAAAUUACUACUAGUAUCCCCAGCUUGUCAAUAUUCUUGGAGCCGAUAGCUGUUUGCAUUAUAUGUGUUCAAGGUGCUUGUCCCAUGCCUUUUUUUGGCUGGGAAUCAUUUGGCCCUUCACCUGCUGAGGCUGUACUUUAUUCUCCAGAUGCCAAACUUCCAAGAACAGGUGAGUUGGCUUUGAGAAGAGCUAUCCCUGCAAACACAAGUAUGAAAGCGAUACAGGUCUGCCACUAUUUGCACUGAUCAUAGAGCUAGUUCAUUUAAAUAAUCAUUCAUAACUUGUACAGGUCUGCCAAUAUAUAUAUAUAUAUAUAUAUAUAUAUAUAUAUAUAUAUAUAUAUAUAUAUAUAUAUAUAUAUUUCCAUCAUCUCCGAUGGAGCCAAAAUUUCACCAUUUUUUGGCUUUGGGGUGUGAUGGAAUAAAUCAAAAUGAAUCUCUAAACUGUCUGCGCUUCUUUAAUUAAUGAAGUAGCAGUUAGUCAAGCAAUGCAACUUUCGACGUUGAGCCGGGGGUCUCUUUGGAAACAGCCUCUCUACUUUCAAGUAGGGGCAAGAUCUGCGUACACACAACCUCCCCAGACCCUACUCUUGUGGGAUUUAACUGGGUUGUUGUUGUUGUUGUAUAUAUAUGUGUGUGUGUGUGUAUAUAUAUAUAUAUAUGAGAAUGGUGCUUUUUUAGAUUUUCGUGAUGCAUUUUACACUUGUAGUGCAUUUUCAGAAAGUUCAAUUUAUUUACAAAAUUGCCACCGCGAUUUUUUUCAAAUUUUUUAGAAUUUUUUUAUUUUUAAUAGCCUCUAGAUCUUUGAUAAUUUGGUAAACAAAUUGAACUUUGGUAAAUAAUAGCCUCUAGAUCUUUGGUAAAAAUUGAAAAAACCGCGGUGGCAAUUUGGUUAAUAAAUUGAACUUUUAGAA